AGGAUUACAUGUAUUACUGAAUGGAAGAAACAGAUGAGACGUCGUGUCCCUCGACAAACAACACAGCUAUAGACUCGUCAUCACAGCCAUCAGCGAGGCACAAUUGCAUUCAUCUUCAUCACACUCGGCUCAGCCCGGCUUGGCUCGUCUCCAUCCGUUUGGCAUCUCACACAACGGGCCAACAUCUCGCAUCGUCUGCACUAGGCAUCCAUGACGCAAGGAGACCAGCAACAUCCCACUGAGAUGACCGGGGCGGCUGGGUCUGGGUCCUCCUGCCCUGAAGAUGCAGAUGCUGCCGAGCGGGGGAGUAGCAGUCCGCAGGAAGAAAGGGACAGGAUUGCGAUGGAAGAUCGGCUACACCACGCUCACCAACAUCACUUCACCCACCACCACCAACAACCCCCAGAGCAGACAACUGCAGCGGAUGGUGAUGUCAAGACGCUCCUUCAUUUCGUCAGUCUCGCCUCCUCUGACAUCAAAGCUGCACUGGACAAGUCCGCGCCAUCCAACGCCAGGAAAUCCUCAUCAGUAGACAAUAUUAAUCGAAAGUUUCCGCAAAAACAGCUGUUGAAAAAGAGCCCGAUUUCGAACUUCACUGGGUCUGAGGUCUAUCGAGGGGACGAUCCUUAUUUCAACUCCCGAAGAUUCGCUGCCAGUCUCAACUCCCCCCAAUCCCCGGGCAUCCAAAGUGGCGCCCUGCACUUUUCGGAGAGGCUGAUGGCUAGCGCUUCACUUCACCGCGAUCACCUGAUCAAAAACUCCGAUCUUUUGAAAGAGUUAACAUUUGGGAGUGGCAUCCGCAGGGACCUGGAUCAGCCUUUGUUUGGAAGAAGAGGCUCGACUCGGUAUCAUGAUCAUCGACGCAGUGCCGGUUUGUCUGGUCGUGAAUUCACGGAUAUGGCGAAAUUAGACCGCAGUGGUGAAGCAGAGCGGCCGGACAGUGACAAUCCCCUACCGCUUCGGAAGCGCAGACUCCCCGCCUCAUUCUGGCAGGAGCCUGAUCGCAGCGAAAAUCACAAAACCAUACCGAGCACAAUAACUGGCUUAUCCCCAGUAAACCUUAGCUCAAAUUUGAAAUUUCCUAACCUCCUGCCAUCUUUAGCACAGGGCUUCACCGACUCUAGACCGACAUCUUUGGAUAAGAAUGCUAUAUACCCAAGUGGGGAUCAGUGUUACUCCGGUUUAAACCUCCCCUUCCCGCCUCCUCUUUCAAACUCUCUAAACAGAGACAACUACUUGAACAGGGCGUUGAACUUCCAGUAUUCAUCAAUUUGCUCGUGUAGCCAGCAUACUGAACUGUACAGCUAUGAGCACGGGCCCGCCUGUGCCGCGUACGCGGCCAGACACGGUGGGGAGACACCCGGCAUUUUCAACCCAAUCAGUGCCACUGGGCUACUCUCACGUUGGCACGUUCCAUCACAACUCACCACCGAGAGAGCUGGCAUGUGCCACCCAUCAGCCCCCCGUGUCGUCAAGCCCAUUCCUACCAAGAGUAUCACAUCUUAUCCGCCCAGGUAUCACCCCAUAUACACUUGAACCGAGAAAAAAAAACAAGCCCAUUUCCAUCGAUAAAAAUUCUCAGCUCAUCAAAACCCUAUCAUCUCAUUUUGGAAAGCGACUUGUCAUUGUUCAUGCCGCAAAUUGACGGAAUUCCUGCCAGGGGAGUUUGACAUUUUCGCCGUGUAUCUCGCCCGCGGCGAUGAUACGAUCCACAAGAGAACUGGAAUGCGAAACCCCUGGCGGCAGUUGGUAGCCCUACUGAAAGUUGAAACUCGCAAAAGAACACACAGCCCAGUUGGUGUGCUGAGAGCUAGCUACACACCCCACUAUCCUGCAGAGAGUGACGGCUGACGGCAAGUGUUUCCCAGUGUCUGUAACGGGCUGUCUGGCACGCGCUCCACCCCGGGGGAGCAAUUAAGACCACGAGUUGACAAGCCGAACGCGUGUACUGUCCGUCUGAUAUGCCCUUAUAUUACUUGGGACCCGUGAACGCAUGAAGGCAAAUUCAUCAAUCUGUUUUCCGAUGAGAAUGGUAUGGGAUCUGCGCAGCAAUGUAAACCUUUUGCUCUAACCCUGAAUAAACCUUGCCUCUCACUUUGCUUUGUAGAACCAUUCGUUCAUAACUCAAAGCAGGUGUUCAGGCCUAGCUGACCGCAAGCGACAUUCAAAUAAACAUUAUUCAUUUUCUAAUUAAUGGGACAUCGAGUUGAUGUAUAUUGCAAAGGAAACAACAAUUCAGUUCCGGACUCUGGUAGUCUUGAAAAUUAAAACAGUUGGAGAAACAUUAAAUGCUGUAAAAGUGUGAUUAGAAUAAGCUGAAUCGCUUAAACCUUCUCAUAGUUGGGGGGAAAACCCGACGUCUGACUUUUCUUGAUAAUAUUCAGCCCAUUAUGUAGUUUUGACAGGAACUUACAAUGAGAUAACUUGAGUUUAAGACUACCUGAUUUUUAGUCCCGCUGAAAUUUAAAGUGUAUAGGUUUAAUAAUGAAAACGAAUAUUCGAGUGUGUCGUUUGCCUGAAUCUUUUUAUCAUUUUCCUCUCUUCUUUCAAGUUGGAUUGUUCAGGAAUGUGAAUAUAUUAUAAUAAUACUAUACAGCAAUGUUUGCCAUUCUGGGGUAUCAUCAAUAACAUUUAAAGGCUGGAUUUCACACUAUAGUAUGUAA